ACAUUCCCCCACACACACUCACAGUGUGUGUGUGUGUGUGUGUGUGUGUGUGUGUGUGUGUGUGGGCGAGCAGACCUGUGGAUCUCACGGUGUUGGAACAUGCAUCAGGCGUGCGCAUGCUGAGGAAAUACACCGCAAGAGAAGAAGCGAUGCUGAACGGACUGUAGCGUUAUCUUAGCGUCCAUCAUGAUGGUGGAUGAAACAAACAUUUCUUACGGUGUUUGCAGUGGAAGGAGUCGAUUGCUCGGUUACCCUUACAGCGAAUCAGCAUUAGCCUCGUUUGAGAGCGUCUAGGAGAAAAGCUGAUGUGGAAAAAAAACUUGAACAAAGAUGUUUGGCCCAGCGCGGACUGGUAGCAUUCAAGACACUUCAAUAAACUGGCGAUCCUUUAACUACCUGUAGGAUUGCAUCGAGUUAACAAGGAGAGAAUGGAAUCGACAUUUCUAUAAUGUGAUUUGCACUCAGCCUUUGAGCUUAAACCACUGUCUUCCACGGACAUUUGUUCAGCCGUCGUUUUAAUAUGUCUGCCUGCUAAAAGCCUUUUUUCCAAGAAUGGAAAACUGAUGGAGCAGCCGUGACCAAACGCGCACCGAUGCACCGCAUUUAUCCAUCGCAGUCAGCUCGUUUAAGAUAAACAAAAAGGAUUAAAACGGCAAACCUAUAUGCACGCGUCUGAGCCAGACGUAUCCUCAGUAUUAAAUGUCUUGUCUAGAUGUGCAUCCCUUCGCCAUUUUUUAUCUGACUGAACUCGACAAUUUCGAAGUCCCAUGCGAUGCGAUGGAGGGGCUGUCACGGAAAAUGAGUGAUUUCGCCUAAAAAACAUACACAUUUAUAUACAUUUCUCUUGAGUCAAUUGAGCCAAAAAACAAACGAGAGUCAUGUAAAGUAAAAGUUGCAGUACCCUUUCACCGAACAACUACUAUUACUAUAUGAAGAUCACAGUGUUGGUUUGCCCUCGCAGCAAUGCCAGUGCGUGCCGUGACCUCCAGGUUCAUGUACAGGGGACUUUGCUCUAUUCCAGAUAUCCUCUCAUACAGGACUCCUGUCACCCUCCCCGAGGACGAAGUGGAGGAGAUCCGAGAGGCCUUUAGAGUGUUUGAUCGUGAUGGGAAUGGCUUCAUCUCAAAGCAGGAGCUGGGCAUAGCCAUGCGGUCUUUGGGAUACAUGCCCAAUGAGGUGGAGCUGGAGGUCAUCAUCAAGAGACUGGACAUGGAUGGUGAUGGUCAGGUGGACUUUGAAGAAUUUGUAACACUGCUUGGCCCUAAACUCACUGCCUCCAGCAUGCCUGACAAAUUUCAUGGAGCUGACUUUGACUCCAUAUUCUGGAAGUGUGAUAUGCAGAAGCUGACAGUGGAUGAACUAAAGAGAUUGCUAUAUGACACUUUCUGCGACCAUUUGACGAUGAAGGACAUUGAGAACAUCAUCAUGACUGAGGAGAGCCAUAUGAACAGCCCAGAGUGCCAAGUUGAUAUUGACACAAGCCCCAUGCAACAAGUCAAGCACACAUGUGUGCGAAAGAGCUUGAUUUGUGCCUUUGCCAUUGCGUUCAUCAUCAGUGUCAUGCUUAUCGCAGCAAAUCAGAUGCUUCGAAGAGGGAUGAAGUGAGCAACCCUGUCCAAUAAGACCAACUCUUGUCCACAGAUGCUUUUCAGUAUUUUUACAUUUAAGGGACACAGGUGAAAUGCUGGGACACACUUGAAUUAUUGAUUUCAUAUGGAUGAAUGAAUAUGAUAAAGAUGCACGUAUCUCUUUUCACACUUCUUGCAGCUGAUUUACUGACAUAGUGAUAUAAAGCAAUACAUAGAAGGACAGGAUAAUUCUGUUUUUUUGUUUUGUUUUGUUUCACAGUAAGUGUGAUAUGUGAUAUAACUCAGCCAGUGUAUCAGCAAACUUUAGAAGGAUGGCAUGAACGUUUAAAAACAUACAUUGAAAAAUGUGAUGUCUUGAAAAUGACAUUCACUUUUGUAUUUUUGCUAAUAAUUGCGUUGAUGUAAUUUAUGAAAAUUAUAUGGUAACAGUAGACAUUUUGUAUCAAGUAAAUUCAGUGCAUAACAUCUUUCAGCAUAGUAAACAUAAUAAUUAAUUGAAAGCCCAAAUAAAAAGGUGUACAGAUCAAUGGAAACAUCUCAUAAAAUUGUCUUGCUCAUUAGAAUUUUUUUUAUGUGCAUCUGAAGUAUAUGUGUACUUUGUAGGUUUAAAAAAGGGUUUAAAAUGCAUUCCAUAUGAUGGACAAUUUUUAAACCCCCCUUUACCCCAUCCACCAUGGAAAAGGACCACCACUGACCAGAUUUUAUUUGGGUAAUGGACCACUCUCAGCACGAUUGGGGUUUACUGUGAACUUACUGGUUACCUUAUGAGACACACCUGCCUUCUUGGAACACCUUGCAGAUAUUCAGUAAAUUGCAUUUUGCAAUUUGUCUGUCCUCCUCUAGCCCUUCUUCAGAGGUCAGUUUUUGACUGUAGGACUACUGUUGGCUGAAUAGUUUGCAAAAACACUGCUGUACCACCAGAAAAAUACACUGCUAUGGCACUACAGUGUCACUGUCACAUGUCAGUGUCACUGCUGUGCUUUUAGUCAUCCAUUACUUAAAUAAUAUCUGGUCAGCGGUGGUCUUAUGGUGGUGCUUUAUCAUUGAUGAAUAAGGUAGAAGGUGGUCAAUAAUUGUGUAACAGUAAUUAAAAACCUAUAAAUAUAACUACAUUCAGUAAUUAUAAACCUACAAAGUGUACCUACAGUACUGUACAAAAGCACAAAAGUCAGAGACCUUCAUUGAUUUGUUUAAUUUCCAGUUUAAACAGCCAUUUAAUACAAGUUAUUUAUUUUAAAGAUAGUUUUGAGUAGAUAGAAGAUAAUCCUUUUAAGAAAAAAAGAAAGUCAAAGGAAAAUAAGUAAAAAUACAGCAGCUUCCAUAACUGGAAUCCAACAAAUGAUUAAAAGAUACAACAAAAUUGGACUCCUAACAACCAUUCAAAGCCUUGGUAUACCACCAACCAACAGUCACCUUCAAACAUACAGUACUUAAUGCUUUCAUCUUUAAGAGAGCAUAGAAAAUCAAGCCCCACUUCUGCUUCUGAUUUGAAAAAGCCCAUAGGUGUUUCUGUCCAUCCUUCCACUGUAAGAAGAGAACUCAAUGCUAUGGGUCUAAAAUGUGUAGCUAUAACGAAGCUGUUACUAUGUAAUAAUGACAUAAUUACUAUGAAAAUGUAAUAGACAUAAAAAAGAGAAGAAAUUUGUCUGCUUGUGAUACAUAAAAUUAUUAUUUUCCAAUAAAAGAAAAGUAGUAGUAGAAAAGCAGUAUUGCAAUAUAUUAUGACUCUGAAAGUCACAACAAUUUAUCACAGUUUAAUCAAUAACUUUAAAGCUCAAAAGACUUGAAGUUGAAUAUACCCAGUAUUUGUUAACAGCUUCUUAGGUGUAACUCUUUAACAUAGGGGUUACACUGGGAAAGUAAAACAUAAUAUUAACAGUUAAUAAACAGUUAUUAAAUAGUAAUUAGUUAAUAUAUUUAAAAUUGUAGUUAAAAGAAUAUGAUACACAAAAAUAGGUAUUCACUGCAUUGUUCAACGGCAGGGUGUUUAAAAAACAAAAUAUACAAAAAUUUAAUAUGAAAUAAAUUCUAUAAUAUUUGAACAUCAAUAAACUGUAUUAGGCAUCAUCUAAAAAUCAAAUUCAGCAGUGUAAGAAAAGCCAUUUUUAUGUCUGUUUUUUAUUUAUUUUCAUUGAGUCUGUAAGAUCAUACCUUUUAGAUUAUUAAUUUAUAUGCAACUGUAAGCUAAAAUAAGAAGAUUUUAUCUAUUUUUUUAAGUGUACACGAAAUAUUAAGUGUUAUCUCUGGUCUUGUCAGUUCUUAUUCUGGACCUUUCCUCAAAGACUUCCUUAUUAGUAUUUCAGAAAUCUCUGAUUUGCACCUUGAAAUUUCAUGAUUACAGGUUUAUCACUCAAUUAAUGUAUUCAUAAUGUACUUCGCUUGUUUUUAAUAACUCCUAGCUGAAAGCUAACUGUUCAUUUUGGCUGUUUCCAAAAUAUGAAAUUCGUUAUGCAAAUGAACCAUAAUGCAAGUUAUCAGCCUUACUUCUUUCUAACUGAAUUUACUUGUUAGAAGUAAAGCUAAAAGCAAAGGUGAAUGCCAACUAGCAUUUUAACACAGGCACACUCUGGGAGCUUUAUGUAUGCAAGACUGCCCCACAGAUUUCCAUGGAGGCUUUGUGGAAACUCACAGUAGCGUUAAAUUACAGAUCCAGUCAUGAAGAUAAAAGUCUGUUAUGAACAACAGUGUGAAAUAGAUGUACUCAAAAUCCCAAAGCUUUCCCUCACUGGAGUGCAUCAUGUCUUAUUAUCCUAUAAUUAGCUUAGACACAAAUUUUCCCAUUCAAAAUUGACCAAAAUAAGACUGAACCACAGCAAUUAUAUGAAAUAAAAUAACUGAAUUUCUCCAAUACAGAUUCUCAGGGUUUUUUUUUUACAGAAAGAUGUUUUCUGUUUCGACUUGGUAUUUCUGAGAUGCAGCAUGACAGGUUAAUGACUCAUACUACAUAUGCAGAUCAU